AUGAAUCAAAAUAUAUUUCACUUGCUGAUGUAUUUUAGACUUAAUAGAGUUGCAAUCUUAGGAGAUAUCGAAAAGACAUUUUUACAGAUCGUGUUAGUUGAGAAAGAUCGAGAUGCAGUUAGAUUUUUAUUUGUUAAGAAUAUUGAUACACCUUUGCAGAAUACCGACGAUCAGCUAGAAGUGUAUAGAUUUAAGCGUGUGCUCUUUGGUGUUAAUUCCAGUCCUUUUUUGUUAGCGGCAACUAUAAAGCUGCAUAUCCAAAAGUACAGAAAUGUGUAUCUCGAUACCUUUCAAAUUCUUGAUACAUGUAUGUAUGUUGAUGAUCUUGUUACAGGAGCAGAUGAUGUAUCAGAAGCCUUAAAAACUUCAAGGGAAGCAAAGGAAAUUAUGCAUGGAGCUGGGAUGAAUCUACGCAAAUGGGUGACGAAUGAUUAUCAUUUAGCUAAAAAAUGGGAAGAAGAAAAUUUUGAUAUUCAUCCCAUAAGCUCAAAUGAAAAGAUACUGAAGGUAUUAGGAAUUCAAUGGAACAUUCAGGAAGACAGUUUGAGUAUAGAGACUUCUUGUUUGAUGAAAAUUUCGAGGAGAAAGGAAAGUACGAAACGCUUCAUCCUCCAAACAGCUGGAAAAAUAUAUGAUCCUCUUGGACUCAUUACACCAUUCACUGUUAGAAUAAAACUUUUACUACAAAAGCUAUGGUUACGUAAAUUACCAUGGGAUGAAGAGCUUCCUUCUGAUUUGAACGACGAGUGGUCUGAGUGGUGUAGCGAGCUUUCAGAACUUAGUAACAUUAGUGUUCCAAGAUUUGCUUUGGAUUCAUGUGAUGAAAAUAUAGAGAUACCAUGUUUUUUCUGA